AACAGGAAGCCCUAAAGGGUCAAAAGGAAUACAAAAGCAAAGGCUUUUUUCUUUCUUUAGUUUUUUUCUUUCUUUUCUCUCUCACUCUUUUUUUUUUUUUUUUUUUUUUUUUUUUUUUUUUAAAGAGUGACGGCCUUUGUAGUGGCGGUUUGGGGUUGGCGCCGCCGAGGUGAGGGAGUCUCGCCUCCCGCGCGCUAGUAGACUGAUUCUUUUCAUUAUGGAUGGAGGGGAUGAUGGUAACCUUGUUAUCAAAAAGAGGUUUGUGUCUGAGGCAGAAUUAGAUGAACGGCGCAAAAGGAGACAAGAAGAAUGGGAGAAAGUUCGAAAACCCGAAGAUCCCAAAGAAUGUCCAGAGGAGGUUUAUGACCCUCGGUCUCUCUAUGAAAGGCUACAGGAACAGAAAGACAGGAAGCAGCAAGAGUAUGAGGAGCAGUUCAAAUUCAAAAACAUGGUAAGAGGCUUAGAUGAAGAUGAGACCAACUUCCUUGAUGAGGUUUCUCGGCAGCAGGAACUAAUAGAAAAGCAACGAAGAGAAGAAGAACUGAAGGAACUAAAAGAAUACAGAAGUAAUCUCAACAAGGUUGGAAUGUCUGCAGAACACAAGAAAGAAGUGGAGAAGAAACUGCCUGUGAAACCAGUAGAAACCAAGAACAAGUUCUCCCAGGCGAAGCUGUUGGCAGGAGCUGUGAAGCAUAAGAGCUCAGAGAGUGGCAAUAGUGUGAAAAGACUGAAACCAGACCCUGAUCCAGUUGACAAGAGUCAAGAGGCCUCAUCCUGUGUGUCUCUUGGAAGUACUUCCCUGAGUAGCCCGUCCAUUCACUGCCCCUCUGCUGCUGUCUGCAUCGGCAUCCUCCCAGGCCUGGGCGCCUACUCUGGGAGCAGCGACUCUGAGUCCAGCUCAGACAGUGAAGGCACCAUCAACGCCACGGGGAAGAUCGUCUCCUCCAUCUUUCGAACCAACACCUUCCUUGAGGCGCCCUAGCUCCUGUCCUUCCCACAGGGAGCGCCCCUAGAACGGUCGGUUGGACUGUCCGUUCUGCUGCCAGGCAUUCAUUACCUCCCUCCAAAAACUCCUUUGCUGGCCCCUUGUGCACACCGAGACACUUUUAACCUUACCUAAAAAUGUGCCAGAUCCACUUGUGGCCAGAACUGUGUUUGGUCUCCUUUCCACUGUAGUGCAGAUGACCAGACCAGUUUCACUGCCUCUUCCUCACUGAUGUGGUAGGGUGCGUGUGCCCCACAGAAGCUUCUCUGACAGUGCCCAGGGGAUCACACUGCUGGCUUGCAAAGGGUGCUGCUGGGUUUUGUUGCUUUCUUGUUUUCUCUGUUUCCUUUCCCAACAGCACAGGAAGCAAGGGCAAUUGUUGGACAGGUGUUACUUAAAAUUUAUUGUAGACAAAUGUGUUGUUUGGUUCGACUGCAUUGUGGAGCAUGUCGAGACAAAGCUGACUGGUAGUGAAACGGAGCAUUUCCCUGGAACUAAGCCCUCCAUGAUGUCGUGUGCUAAGUAAAAAUAAUGAAGUCUCUCUGUGGGGGAUGUCAGUUGACACCAGCCUUCAUUGUGAAGUUUCCCUUACUGUUGGCCACUCCUUUCCUCUCCAUCCAAUCCCACUUAUAUAGGAACGGGCUGGUAACGAGCAAGCUUUCAUCUUCUACUCAGAUUUUUUCUCUGCCUGGCAAGUUACUUUGUUUGUGAUUUUGAAAUAAAAAUUUAGUUUAAGACUCUAAA